UGAGUGUCUGGUUGUGUUAGUUUUGUAAGUGUGCACCGUAAACACCGCACCAGAGGAGUGAGAGAGAGUUUAAACACAACACAGAGUCGGUUUGUGGUGAUUUACUGUAAUCUUUCUCAGUUCUCCGUCAACAUGCGACACUUUCAUCCAAAAAUAAAUGAAUUUAAAGUGAUUAGCUAGGCUGCUAACUGAGGACCCAUAUGAUAAGUGGUCGUGUUCAGAUGGAUGAGGAUUUAUAAUUAAGAUCGUUGUGUAUAAAAUAAAGUUUAUUUUACUAGCGUUACUAACUUUACUAGCUUUACUAGUGUUACUAGCUUUACUAGCUUUUUUACUAGCUAGGCUGUGUGCCUCUGCCGGCGUUGCCAUGGAAACCGACAGGUCACUGCUCCAAGCUGGACUGGAGGAAGAGGAGCUUUAUAACAUGCUGCAGACUGUGAGCCAAACUCCGACUGACAAUAUGACUUCAAAAUCCAUCCGGCCCCAGCCAGGUCUUUGUGUAAAGACUUUCUCUUUACCAGACAAGCAGAAAGUGUUUGUGAAUAUCUGUAAGUCAGCUGAUGUCCCGCCCCCUCCACCCAUUUCCCAUGAUGCACUGGUGGAUCUGUUGGACUCAGAUGAUCCUACAGGAUAUAAGGUUCCUAUGAGUCUUGGUGAGGCUCACGCUGAAAUGGACAACAGUUCAAACAGUUGCACGGUUUACGAUGUUGUCAUUAAUGAGGAGUUCUUCCAGAAAUGUCAGAAAGAGUCCUUGUUCCAGCAGUUUGUGAUUGCAGUGUCACUGGAGGGUCUGGAGAAUAAAUACAAGCUGCAGUUGAACCGAGACAUAAAGAUUUUGAAAAACAGGAAGUUCAUGGGCUCACUUUUGGAGCAGAACAUUCGCAAGAAAAGCAAGCCGUUCAUCCAGGAGAUCAAGUCAAAUGAGAUUCAGUCCACAGUGAGGCCUCAGGUGUGUUUAGUGGUGGAGCCCCCUGUUGGUCAGGUGGAGUACUUGAUUGCAGAGGUGCAGCUGCCUGGGGUGUCAUCUGUUCGCUCUUUGCUGCUGGAUUUAGGAGAGGACCGGUUGGUAUUAAACACUCGUCCAUCUCUUUUUCACCUGGACAUUUUCCUCCCCUUCCUCAUCAACCACGAGAACAGUGGAGCUCAGUACAACACAGACACACAGGUCCUCACAGUGACCAUGCCAGUGAUCUCUUCUUAAAGCCACCAUCAUAGUUAUUUCCAAUAAAAUUAUUGUAUAAUGAAA